GUCGUGUACCCAGAAGUAUUGCUCAUAACAGGUCUGCAAGCAAACCCCGCCCACUUCUUCCAAUACGUUGCCCGUUGCCCGUAGCCACUACGACAAACCAAAGGGGAGAGAACGGCGGGAGAGUGCCGCUAGAUCUUCGGGGCUCAAUCCCACUCAGUCGCUGGAUGGAGAAGCGCUGCUUGUGCUGCUAUUGCCGCAGCUAAAGGAGCAGGAAGUUCCUGUGGCAGACGCGCCAGAGCUGAUUAUUAUCGCCACAUGACUCAGCGCUGGUAGCAGCGCAAGCCGCUCGGGUUGGGUCGAGUUCAGCAAUCAGCCCGAGGGAGGGACAAGCUGGGAACCGUCACCACCGGAGCAGCAAUAACAAUAAUAAUGAGGAGCGCUCCACGGUGGUAGCUCCAUCUCCUUGCUCUCUGGCUCAGCGGUUGCUCCUGCCGCAGGUAAAUUCCCUGGCCGCACGCUCCAUGCAGUUCCUCCAUUGCGGACGCGUCUCAGCUCCAGGGACGGCGGUGGCUGGAGGAUCCGCAGCGGCGUGAUCUCAGUCGUAGCCCUGCGCGCUCGCCGUCAUUUGGAUGGUGAUUUUCCUGGUCCCGUUAGUGCCGCCGGCGGCAGGACUACUAUGCUUACUCGGGUGAAGUCUGCUGUGGCCAAUUUGAUGGGAGGCAUCAUGGCUGGCAGCUCGGGCUCGGAUCACAGCAGCGGCUUGGACUUGCCCCUUCGCUUCCCCUACGGCAGACCCGAGUUCCUGGGGUUGACUCAGGACGAGAUCGAGUGCUCCGCGGACCACAUCGCCCGGCCUAUCCUCAUCCUCAACAAGGAGACCAAGCGCCUGCCUUGGACCACGGGAUACGCCGAGGUGAUCAAUGCAGGUAAAAGCACACACAAUGAAGACCAGGCCAGUUGUGAAGUCCUUUCGGUAAAGAAGAAAACAGGAGGAACUAAUUCUACACCAAACAAAAAUUCCUCUACUAAACGGAGAUCUUCGUUGCCAAAUGGGGAAGGGUUGCAGCUGAAAGAGAAUUCAGAAUCAGACGGGAUAUCUUUCCACUACUGGUCAUUAUUUGAUGGGCACGCUGGAUCUGGAGCAGCAGUUGUAGCAUCAAAACUGCUUCAACAUCAUAUUGUGGAGCAGCUACAGGAGAUUGUGGACAUCCUGAAAAACUCAGCAGUCCCUCCCCCUACCUGCCUGGGGGAGGAUCCAGAAAGCAUGCAUACGAACACCCGAACUCUAACCAGGGCAGCCUCAUUACGUGGGAGCGUUGGAGCUCCGGGCUCACCAGGCACCCCACCGACUCGUUUCUUUACAGAGAAGAAGAUCUCUCACGAGUGCCUCAUCAUGGGGGCUAUUGAGACAGCAUUCAAGGAAAUGGAUUUGCAGAUAGAGCGAGAAAGGACAGUAUACAAUAUAUCUGGUGGCUGUACAGCGCUUGUUGUGGUGUAUUUACUAGGAAAGCUUUAUGUGGCAAACGCUGGUGAUAGCAGGGCCAUUAUAAUCAGAAACGGAGAAGUCAUUCCGAUGUCUUCAGAAUUCACUCCAGAAACAGAACGUCAGCGUCUUCAAUAUCUGGCAUUUAUGCAGCCACACUUGCUGGGAAAUGAGUUUACACACUUGGAGUUUCCAAGGAGAGUUCAGCGCAAGGAAGUUGGAAAAAGAAUGCUUUACAGAGACUUCAGCAUGACUGGCUGGGCAUACAAAACCAUUGAAGAAGAUGACUUGAAGUUUCCUCUUAUAUACGGAGAAGGCAAGAAGGCUCGUGUCAUGGCAACUAUUGGAGUUACGAGAGGACUUGGAGACCAUGACCUGAAGGUGCACGAUUCUAACAUCUACAUCAAGCCUUUUUUAUCCUCGUCACCAGAGGUAAGGAUAUAUGAUCUUCUCCAGUAUGAGCAUGGGCCUGAUGAUGUUCUGAUCUUAGCUACAGAUGGGCUAUGGGAUGUACUGUUAAAUGAAGAAGUGGCAGAAGCUGUCACUAAUUUCCUGCCAAACUGUGACCCUGAUGAUCCCCACAGGUACACAUUAGCAGCUCAGGAUUUGGUAAUGCGAGCAAGAGGAGUACUGAAGGACAGAGGCUGGAGGAUAUCCAAUGACAGACUGGGCUCAGGAGAUGAUAUUUCUGUCUACAUUAUUCCUUUAAUACAUGGAAACAGAGUCGUGUAAAAACAAGCAUCAGUGCUGGUAAAAGGGAAGAUGUGCUAUUAGUAAGAAUCUUUGGAAAAGAUAGGUUAUCAAGAGAAGAGAUGCUUAACUGAAAUAUUAUAUUCUAACCUUGAGUGGACUUGGAUGCUUCUGUGUGAAACAUAGAGGCUGAAUUGUACUUGAUUUAAAGGCAUCUCCUAGAAAGCGCAGCUUUCCUAUGGGUUUCUUUUUGUGUGCGUGCAUAUCAGAACCAGAACUUUAAUGCUGCUAAUACAUUAGUGUUUUCUUGGUGAGGACCUUGCUGUGACCUGAUAGAUUUUUUCUUUACCAGUUUAAUGUAGCUGGAAAUGCCAUUUGAGAUGUGAAUUGGAAAAACCAUUGUUAAAACUGGUAAUGUAGCCAGUAUCCCCCAGUAUAAGUUGAAUGGUUAACUUUGCUUUUGAACAAAUUUAAUUUAUAAGGUAUUAAGGUGAACAAAGCCUGAUAUGACAUUUAAUGAUUGUUUGUUCAAAAGCUGUUAGUAGAUAACUUCUAAAGAGUUUUAUUUAUGUAUAUAAUUCAGGCUUUUUGCUCUUGUACACCAUCAUAAACAUUUUGGAACUUACAGUUCCUUUUAUAUAUUUAGGCGGUGAAGGAAACUUUUUCUCUGGACAUGGUCUAGCACUUGUUAGCAAAGUUGCCUAAGAGAAUAGGGAAGUUGUUUGGCUGGAAAUGUGUCCCUUUUUGUCAAGAUUUUUGUAUGUAUAACUAUGAUGUAGCAAACUGGGAGAAUUCUUACUUUAGAAAGACUUCCCCAGAAAUCACUUUUGUUUGGCACAAAUUUUCAUUCAUUGAAUGCUUCUAUUUUCUCCAAGUAUAUCCUGUUGAAAGGAUCAUUAUAUAAGUACUGUUUAAUUUGUUGUACUUCGUAAUUUUUUGUCUUCUGAUUUUUUUUCUUUAAAUAUCUAAGGGUGGUAUGUUUUAGAAGUCUCCUCCAGAACAGUAGCUGUUUAUCUUUUCAUGCGCUACCCUUUCAGCAUUAAUUUCUUUUACUGCUUCUGUGAUACUGUAAUGGCCAGUCGUAGUACUUGACAUUAAUUUGGAAGGUAUAGGGAGAGCCACUGCAGGAAAGAUGAGACCCUUCAGUUUGUUUGCUGUUCUGGUACUUGUGCUCUCUGAAUAUUCAUGUAGCAUCAGAAUAGAUUGCAGCAAACAUUUCAGUAAGAACCUUACUUAAGCAAAGGAUUUACAUUUACCUGUACAGCCAUACAGGUUAUGUAUUCUAGAAUGGGAAUAUCAGUCUUUUCCCCUUUCCCAAAUGAUCAUCAUUUGAAUGGUUAUAAGUGACUCAAAAUUUAGUUCCUCAGGUAUUAUCUCCCUAGCCAAGAACUAUAGAAGCAUAUACUUAGUUUCAAGAUAGCAUUGCACUUUCUAGAUGAACAUUUUAUACGUUCUGAUGGACAGGAACUAGACAGAAGUGAAUGGAACUCCUUUCUCCCCUUUAAAGACUCAUCCUACUGUUGGAAAACCUACACAAUGGCACUCUGUAAACUGUAAGAGGCUAUCUUUGGAAUUUUUGCCCUUUCUCCUGUAGGUGAGUAAACGUGUUUUCUGCUUAUGCAUUCAGUGAAGCAGGGGGUGGAGCUGGAUCUCACCCCUUACUCUUUAUUACUAGGCUGUAGCAUGAGACAUUUGCCAAACCCAGUAGAGACCUAUGCAAACGGUAUUCCCAUUUUUUGGUUUUUUGAAAGGUAAGUUCUAUUAGGACAGCAAAAUUUAGUUCACAUUUCCCUGACACAUAUUUAUAAUUGAAUUCCAUGUGUGUAGUAAAACUUAAAAGUAUUCUUCAAAAUUAUAACAUGGAAUUUAGCAUUGUCUACUCAUAGAAAUAAUCGAGCUACAUUCACUCUGUUGCUGCUUCAACAACCCCAAACACUGUUGGAAAUCAUGUUUAAAGCUAAGCAGGUUACAGUGUAAAAGGUUACUGGACAUUAAGGGCACUUCAGUAUAGCUUGGAAAAAUGGUGGGUUGGAAAUUGUCAUUGGGCCACUAUACAUUUCAAUUCUAUUGGCAACUAAAUAACUUAUCCAAAGAGAACUGGGGGGAACUCAGUCUUUCAUAUUGCCUAUCUCACCUAGGCCAGAAUUGGAAGAUUGAGAGAAAAGAUAGAGGAAAUUCAUUUGUCUUAUAUGAAGCAGUUACAACCAUAUGAUCAGUGUUGAAUCUUGGAUUGUAAAAUCUAUCAGUGAUAAGAUUGACCAUAUUUGCAAAUUAGAAGUAUAGAAAAUGCCCUUGAGAUACAUUUUAUUAGGUCACUUACCUCAUCUAGCAUCUCUUUCCUCCUCCCUUGAUUUUAAAAUAUUCUGGAACAAUCUCCUGAUUCUGUCUGCCAUUUUCAGUUCUUGUAAAGAUGUAUUGCAACUCAAGGGAAAUUCCUCCUUACAGUUAAGAUUUGACAGAUGUAACCUAAAAUGUCAUUUGCUGAGUUCAUCUAGUAGUCCUUGAUACUACUUACCAUUAUAAUUUUAUUUUUUAUCAAAUAAUCAAAGAGCUCUCUUUCAGUACUCCCCCAAUGCCCAUGAAACGGGUGCUUCUUAAUUAAAUUUUAAAACCAGCAGCACAAGAUCAUUAAAACCAUAAAGAAACUUUAAAAUUGUUGAAGGAGGAAGUGGAGGCUGGUGGCUCCAAUGUCAGUGGAGCAGUGAAUCUGCUCUAGGUUUUAGUCUGAACUUUCAAGGAGCUGUCAAUCUACCUGGCACUUUGGACAGCUUCUUGAAAGUUCAGACUAAAACCCGGAGCAGAUUCACUGCCUGACUGACAUUGGAGCCACCAGUCUCCACUGCACGAAGGUACUUCAAAGUGCUUCUCUGUGUGCCAUGCUGAAGUAAAAAACUCUUCAUAGGUCAUUCCUUUGAGCUUUACUUGUCAUUCAUACACUACAAACCUAUCAAAUUCCUUAAUUCUCUUGCCCUUUGCAUAAUGCACACCUGAAGUUUUGCAUCUCAUAUUGUGAGUUAUGUGAAAAUUGCACAUUCGUAGCUUUCCGGCUGUAUGAAGAGGAUGUAGACAGUGGCCAAAUACCUCUUCAAUCAUUCUGCCAAAUUCUACCUACAUUAUACUUGAAGGAGGCUUUUCCCUGUCAACCUCCACUUUAUUCUGAUGUUCCAUUGUAUUUCAUUUUAAUUCUGCCAUUUUCUUCCUUUAUUGGUACAGUGACUGUAAGUAAGGAAUGUACUAUUUUCUGGGCUCAGCGUUCUAAACUAUGAAAAGAGUCUGUUGGAUAAAAUUGUUUGGAUCAAUGUACUUAAGCAUUGUGACUGUGAAAUGUCAAAACUUUUUUGUAACAUGAGAACAAAAAUGUUUAGUAAAGGGAUAUAUUUUAUGUGUUUUGAAAUGUUUAAGUGCAAUGAAAUAAAGAAGGAAGCUGGAAAAAUGUAUGCACAACAAAGUUUUAAAAUGAUAUUGUAAAAAAAUAAAUAUAAAACCUUUUUUUGGCUCUUUA